AUUAACGCCGUUUCAGUUACAAUAAGCUGUAGCCUGUAGAUAAUUGCUUCUAAUAAAGAAGUUAUCAUAGCACCUUUUGGCCAGAGGGUGUUAUGUCCAUAAUUUCUAAGGAAGUUUUUAACGAUCGAAGUUAAUUUAAUUUUGCCUCUAACUUUAACAAGUAAAAGUAAAACAGCAGCUAACAUCUAGAUCAGAUAUAGAAACUAUGGGUUGGGUAAAUUAAUGUGGCAACCUAGAAAUUAUUACGGAUCAUCGGCAGUCAGGCCAGCAAUGGAAAACGGCCGCAGUUUGCGAGGGAUGACGGCUGAUGUCCUGCUCAGGGCUCGCCCAUACUCCAGCGAGAGGGAUGCCAGAGUCCGGGUGCUGCAAACGGCGAUCCGGGAGUGGCUAAGACCGCACGACCGGCAGCUGCUCUGCUUACAGUCCCUGCUCCUGUGGGAACGGCCUCUACAAAGCGUCUUACUUUACUGUGUAGUAAACGGUGUGUUCUGGCUCCUUGCCCUGAGCUCCCUGCAGCUGCUGUUCAUUAUGUGUUCUGGCCUGGUCCUGGUCGUGUGCCUCGACUCCUGGAGGAGCUGGGCCCGGCAUCAGGUGAUAUCUGAGCCACCUUGUGAAAAUGACAGCCUCUGUGAUAAAAGGAGCUUGGCCCAUCCAGGAAUCCUCAAUGUUUCACAGCUGAGUCACUACGUGGCUGAAAUGUGUGUCGACCUGUCAUCGCUUAUGGGCGACCUCGUGCUGCUCAGACAAAACAGUCCCGGCAAGUUUUUCCUCAUGGCUUGUGGGUUCCUCACCUUCCUGGCAAUGUUGGGCUGCUACAUUCCAGGGCUUCUCCUUUCCUACUCUGCUGUGCUGGCUCUGCUGCUGUCCCCUUUGGCAGUGCACCACAGGGUGUGGUGCUGGCUAUAUUUGCGGCUAGAGCCUAUCCUGCGCUGGCUGGACCUCAUGCAGCCCCCAGGGCUAAUAUGUGAGCAGAAAGAGAAUCAGUCUCUCCUCAGGCCUGGACGGCACAGUGCCACCUCCAGUGCCAACAGCAAUGAGGAGGAACUGGCUGGAUUUUGCCCAAAGCAGGACACUUCCACAUCAGCUAGCAAUCUGUCAGCAGUAGAAGACUCUGAGCCCAAGGAUGGAAAAAUGUGCUAUGGCAAGAACUGGAUGUUUGGUGCAUCGUCUGGGUACACUGCACUUCUGAAAGGCUCAGAAGACCUGAAAAAGCUCAGAGACCCCGAAGAUACAUUUGCCUGUGGCCUUGGUGAUUUCCCCUCAUUCAGUGUAAACGACACACUCAUGGAUGACACCAGUGACUCAUCCUCUGACUCGUUGGAUGGCGAGGUCCAUUGGGAUGAUACUAGGCUGUCAUCCCGCGACUGUGAGAUGGUGGACUUUGCGAUGUAUCAGUCAGACGUGGACCCCUUUGCAAGCCUAUGGAAGCUGCCAUAUGCAGAACCUCCAGUGUGGGCCAGUCUGUUGGACAAAGGAGUCCAUCCAGUCUGUAGUGUCCAUUGCUGACACAUUGAAUUUUAAACACCUUCUUGUGAUGGAGAGAUAUCUCUAGGUCUGUCCUAUGUGUACUCUUCCCAAUGUAUAACUAAACUACCACAUUUUAGACCCUUGUAUAUACUGACCACAACUGACUGGAAAGUUGUCCUAAACAUAAUCCAAAAAUUGACUUGUAUGCAACCUGUUUUAAUAUGGAAAUUUGAUGUGGAGUACAGUUGUUUUAUCUGAUAUUUCCUUGUUUAGAGACAUAUAAACAGGGAUAGACUUAACUUAUGCAAGUACGUAUUAAUGGUAUAAACUUUAAAAUGUGCAGAAAUUGUGUCAUACCAGCAUAAAUGCACAUAGGACAAGUAGAUGUGCUAUUACGGCAAAUUACUGCACUUGUUGCACUUAUUACAAGUUGUAUUAAGUUGGAUUCUAAUGCAACCUUGUGUAAUAUAAAACCUUUAUACAACAAAUGCAUAUUGCAUACCAGUUAUGUCAAUCCCUACCUAUGAAUGUCUGGAUAAUGGGUUUGAUUUGUUUGUAUCAGGCAGUUCCAGUGUUCUAUACUGCUACAGUGUAUAUAAUCUGUUUAUAUAUGCAAUUUUGAAUUUAUUUCGCUAAAUAAAUGCAAAGUCUGUAUUAA